AUGAAGGUGCUUGAGGUGAAAGCUUAUGUGCCACCCAUCCCUUUUCUCCAAAGGCUUAAGAAAAAGGCAAUGGACGCGCAAUAUCAAAAGUUUGUGGAGUUGCUCAAGAAACUUCAAGUGAACAUGUUUUUUUUUGAAAUUCUUGCUGAUAUACCUGCUUGUGCAAAGUUCUUGAAAGAGAUAGUGUCUAAUAAAAAGAAGUUAGAAGACUUUGCAGAGGUGUCUCUUACUGAGGAAUGCAGUGCAAUGCCACAAAAUGGUUUUCCUAUCAAGAUGAAAGAUCCAGAGAGUUUUAAUGUACCUUGUCAAUUUGAACAUAUUAUUGUUGAUAAAUGUUUGUGUGACCAUGGAUAUAGUGUUAAUUUGAUAUCUCUAUCAUUUUUCAGGAAAUUAAAGUUUGCCAAUUUGGGGCCUAUUCAAGUGAUUCUACAACUGGCUGAUCGUUCAGUGUAUUAUCCUAUUGGUAUUGUUGAUGAUCUAUUAAGUGUCACAUGGUGUUGCUUUAGAGUACUUCUUUGA